AUGAGUGAUAGCGAUACCAAAGACGAUAAUCAUGGAAAUGGCGUUGAUGAAACAAGAGAUAUUUCAGCAGCCAUUUUGUUUAUGCUUUUCCUUCUAGUUGUUAACGAAUAUAUUUUAAUAAAGCUAAAUAUGUUAAAGGAACGGUUUCCUAAAAUGGCUUUUAUAUAAGGCUCAAGCUUAACUACCUUGCUAGGUAUAUUUUCGGGUAUUUUGCUAAAUUUGACUGAAAUCGUUGAUAUUGUCAAAAUCAUUAAAUAAGGAUUUUCUGAAUUCUUUUUAAUUGUGUUAUUACCUCCUAUACUUUAUGAGUCUGCUAUCAAUAUGGAAAGAAAAUAUUUCUUCAAAAAUUUUGGGAGUAUACUUGGAUAUGCAGUCAUAGGUACCUCAAUAGCUAUAUUUGUUACUUCUUUUAUGGUCUUCUUUGUAGGCUGGAUUGGGAUUGCUACUGAUUUAUCUUUGAGUGCUAGUUUUGCAUUUGGUUCUCUAAUUAGCGCUACUGAUCCAGUAGCAGUGCUCACCCUUUUUAAAGAAAUGAAUUGUGAUUAAAAUUUAUUUGCAUUGAUAUUUGGAGAAUCUAUAUUAAAUGAUGCUGUGUCAAUUAUAGUUUAUAAUACUACUCUAUAGCUCAGAGGUGAUACAGGAGAUGGUAUUAUUUGGAAAGCUCUUUAUAAUUUUCUUGAAGUUUUUGCUGGCUCAAUUAUAAUAGGAUUGUUGAUUGGAAUUUUAACUGCCUAUGUUUUAAAAAACAAAGAAAAACCAGAAGGUGACAGCUAGGAUAAUACAGAAUUAACUAUUCUAUUUUUGAUUCCUUGGGUUAGCUAUCUAAUUGCUGAAGUACUAAAAUUAUCAGGAAUAGUGAGUAUUAUGUUUUGUGGUAUAGCUAUGGCAAGAUAUGCCUUACCAAAUGUUUCAGAGAAUUCAAGGAAAGUAAAUAAAAAGCUGUAUAACACAUUAGCAUAUACAUUUGAAAAUUUGGUAUUCAUCUUUAUUGGAAUAGGAUUAGUAAGCUUUGACUUAGCAUGGAAGGAAAUGGGAGCUUCACUAUUUAUAUUAGGCUUUUUAAUUAUAAAUCUUGCCAGAUAUUUUAAUAUCGAAAUUAUUACUUACAUGCUCAAUAGAUAUCGUACUAAAAAUAAAAUUAAUAAAACAUUUCGCUUUAUUAUGUGGUUUUCAGGUUUCAGAGGAGCAAUGGCGUACGCCUUGUCUAUGAAAUCUAUGGAAUAAUUUACAGAAAGCUACUAUGGUAGAAUAAUGCUCACUAUCACUCUAUUAUAUGCAAAUAUCAAUAUAUUUAUACACGCUUCGAUAUUGCUUCCUAUUGCUACUAAAUUAAAAAUUUAAAAGAAUUUUAACAUUUUAGAAGAGUAAAAUUAGAAUCAAAACCCCUAAGAAUAAGUAGCUUAUUAAGGGUUUUGGAAUAAAGUUAAAGACAUUUGUGUGAUGUUUGAUGAAAAUUGCUUACAAAAGCUACUAUUAGUUGAUGAAUAAGAUAUUGAUUAGAGCAUGUCUCAUCUAAGUCCAAGAUAAUCCUAAAAUGGAGCGUAAUUUUUUUCGAAUAAAAAACUAACUAAAAAUUUAAUUAGCUAAUAAUUAAUUUAAGGGAAAAAGAGGUCUAAUAGUUAUGACAAUCAACAGAAGAGUUCGUAAGAUAUUGAAAUGCAAUAUAAAAGAAGAAACUCUCUCAAAUUAUAAAUUUCAAUGAAUAAUAUUAAUAACAAUUUGAUUGAGUAAAAAAAGUAAGAUGAAAAUUAAGAAUACGGAUAUGAUUUCUAGAGCGAUAGUUAAAACAUGAAACAAAAUCUAAGCAGUGACGAUGGAAAGUUUGAAUUUGCUAAAGAAAGAAACAAUAAGAUUAAUUUAUAAGGCAAGUCAUAAUCUCUAUAAUCUAUUUAAUAAAAUAUCAAUUCAACAAACCAAAGUGAAAACAAUUCAAAUAUGUAUGCAAACCAGUAAUAUACUUAAUAAAAAAAAAGUGAUGAAGAGCUAAAAGAUAUCCCAUAAUCUGAAAAUUAAUCUAAUCAUAUAAACUAAAAUAAUCAUAACCACAAAAAAGAGGAAUAGAGUGAUUCUGAUUAGCAAAUUAUCUCAGAUAUUUAAAAUGAAAAAAAAUUAUCUAAAAAAGGAUCUAGCUCUGAUAAUUAAGAUGAUAAUCAAAUUUAGCUAACGAAAGAGGAAGACCAACCAGAAGAUUAGUUAAAUAAACAAUAAAAUGAUGAUUAAGCUUAUAAUUAUAGUCAUUAAAUUGAAUGA